CUCUCUCGUCUUCUUCUUAUUCCACCACUCUCAGUCGCUCUCUCUAGCCACAUCUCAGUGAAAUUAAUCUUCACAACUUUUAUUUACAAAGCCCUUAGAGUUUUUUAUUAACCCUUCAUCUAAAACCCUAAACUUGGCUUCUUAUAUAUCUCGUGACUCUUGUUUCUCCGUCCAAUCUCUCUCUCCUUCUCCACUAACCAACCGUGUUGUUUAUGUAAAACUUCACUCAUAGGCCAAUUUCUUUGGUUUCCAUAAAAAUCUCAGAUUCCAAUUGGUUUUUCUUUUUCCGGUCUCUGCUAUUUCAUUAUUAGAUGAUGAACAUUUGAAAGAAGCUUUUAUUUCAUCUUCCUCUUUCCCUAAAGUUUUUGACAUACUUUUUAAUUUUUUUUUGAAUUUUGUAUUUAUACAACAGAAAAGGCUUCUUCAGAGGGUUUAGGUGUUUUUAAAAUUAUUAAACACAAUAUUUAUUUUCAUUUUCCUCCUAAACAAAAGAGAAACCUUUAUUUCAUCACUCUCUGUCCUCCACCUAAACAUAAAGUAUAGUUUCAUACUGUCUUCAAAUCUCUCGAGUUUGCUCUUUGCUGUCUGGUUUUCUCGGGAAAAAGGCAUCUCGACCAAAAAAAAAAUGUCGGCUUGCUUAACGAGCGGCGGCGGAGGAGCCGCCGCAUACAGUUUCGAGUUAGAAAAAAUGAAAUCACCACCACCACCACCACCGUCAAGCUCAACGACAACGAGAGCCACUUCACCAUCAUCAACGAUCUCCGAAUCAUCAAACUCCCCGCUCGCAAUCUCAACGAGAAAGCCAAGAACGCCCCGAAAACGACCAAACCAGACUUACAACGAAGCGGCCGCUCUUCUCUCAUCCGCUUACCCCAACCUCUUCUCUCCAUCAACCUCCUCAAAGAAGACUCACUCCAAUCCUCAAUUCUACGGGUUCGCCAAGUCCCCUCUCCUCAGCGACAACGACGACGCUGCCUCCGAGCUUCUUCUUGAAUCAGUCGAGGAGCCUGACUUUCUGUUUCUCCCGACGAUUCAAGCGAGAUCAUCAUCGGAGUACUUCUCCGAGCUGAAGGAGGUGAGUUCCGGAGGUGGAGGAGAGAUGAAAGUGAACCAAUUCGAAUUUUCCGACGAGUUCGAUGCGGAGUCGAUUCUUGAUGAGGAGGUUGAAGUAGGGAUCGACAGUAUAAUGGGAAUCGUCGAAUCCACCAACUCCGGAGAGAAUCGUGGCCAUCUGAUCAGCCGGUUAGAGCAGAUGGUGAAGAUGAACCGAAAAGGAUUCAAAUUCCCUUUGGGACUUGGACUGAGAAGCGCUCUCAGAGAACACAACGACGCGAGCUGGUGCAGAUUCCACACCGUCGAUUUCGAACAGAUCUCGCCGCGGAUCCGAUCCGAUGAGGAGAAAAUAAUCGAAAGUAAGAAGUUGAUCGGAGAGAAGAGCAAGAAUAAGAAGAAAAACAAGAAAGUUGCGGAAGCGAAGAGAUUGGAUUCGAGUAAAGAAGAUGCGGGGGAGGAGAAAUCAGGGGAGCUGAUGUUGAAGCUUGACUACGACGGCGUUUUGGAAGCUUGGUCUGAGAAAGAGUCGCCCUUCUCCGACGACGUUCUGGGUUCGGAAGCUACUACCGGAGCUGACGUCAAUGCCAGAUUAGCUCAGAUAGAUUUGUUCGGAGACAAUGGAGUACGAGAAGCAAGUGUUUUGAGGUACAAAGAGAAACGUCGAACUCGGCUCUUCUCCAAGAAAAUUCGAUACCAAGUUCGCAAAGUUAAUGCAGAUCAACGUCCUCGAAUGAAGGUAUCCACCUUAAUCCGUGGUAAAAACAUGGACGGUUCGUGAGAAGGCCCAAUGCUAGCCCUCCAAGUGGACAAAGAUAGCGAUGAAAGAAAGAGCCAAGAUUCACUUCUUUUAUCCUUUUCAUUCCUUUUUAGUUUUGUACUAUCUUUUGUGGUUGUUGUAGUUGAAAUUUUGUUACCCUCAUUUUUGUUCCUUAAUUCAUGGUCCCUUUCGUUUAUAAUGUAAUUUUUUUCUUUCAUAAAUAAGGAUCAAUAAGGAGAUGUUAGAUGAGAGAAAGUGAGGGAUCAAAGCGAAUAAAAGGUUUUUUUUUGUUGUUA